AUGCCCUCCAUCCUGGUUCAAAAAACUGCGGAGGACUUCAAGGGCACCGAGAAGCUAGUUCCGAUAUACCCUUCAGUCGUAGACAUCCAGUCUCCACCAGCACCGGCUUUCAAGUAUCUCCUGGCUCGUGGAAAAAAGAAGAACAUUUUAGUCAUAGUCCCGAGCGGCGCCGAAAAGAAGAAACUGCUGGCCGAAAAUCACGUUAAUGCUGAGUAUCCUGAAGCGAAUGGAUAUACAGUGUUCGUAAAGAAGCUCGAAGGUGUAGCCAGUGGUGUCGGCGAACAGCCUUACGACCACGCAGGACAAGAAGGCGCACAAAAUCGAAUCAAGAAUGCCAUCACCGAAAUGUCCAACAGCAUGGAGGUGCUCAGAUUUAUUCAGAACAACAAGGUCGGGGAGGUGCUGGUUAUAUCCAUCGAGAACUUCAUCAGACGCGAAGGUAGGGAGAGGCCCGUAGACAUCGGCGUCAUUGCAAUUCACAGCGUCGUCAGUGGCAAAACGAAGGCGCGGCUGUCCGAGGGUGUUUCCAUCCACCCUGCGAUCGUUGACCAGGCGAGAGAAAGAGGCCUUGCCCAUCCCAAUGAUGAUUGCGCCCUUGGACACCCCGACACAGCUUGCAAUCAUGGCAAGGUUACUAUCGGCGGGAUCUUAGCCGAGAUAUACAGCGGCGUAGAUAAAUCAAAUUGGCACGAGGUCGCGAUCGGCAUAUCUCGGUGGAAAAUCUUGUUUGAUACUCUCUGUCGGAUGCCUUGCGGAUGA